AAGAUGUCGUCAAAGUAUCUUAAGAUUACAUGGCGACUCUCCGGUGAAAGAGAGACUGGCCGGGUGGUUGCGCAAAGUGGCUAUGUCUCACGCGCGCCUCAGCUGUGAUAACAUGUGCAAUACCCCUUUCACGGCCCGCUGGCAAUCCGAAUGAAUCCAUCGCUUGCACGGCUGGAUUUGAACGUCCGGAACAUGUGCCAUGCAGGUUCGUGAUAGUUUGCGGCGGACGUCCGUCGUCUUUGGGCAUACAUGUCUGGUUAGUGCUGAGCAUUUGGGGUUGCAUCAUGGCCUGCAACUAAGCUCCCCGCGCCGUUGAAACUCUACCAUCCACCACGACAGCACCGUCGACUGUCACCCACGUAGCAUAUCUACAACGUCGCGUUUCCACCAUGGCGGAUGCACUUCCUUCACCUCUUCCGGAGCCAUCGGCAACCCACGCCGCCUCCGUCUUCACCCCGAUAAACCUCAUCCUCCUCUCCCUCUUCGGCCUUCUUGUCUAUCUCCGGCUCAAACCAGCCGCCCCGCAAACCCUCCCACGCGCCCCGCCGCCAACCGUCUUCCGCACCUUCACCCCGCCCUCGCUCUUCCCCUACAAUGGCUUGAACAACAUGCCUGUCUAUCUCGCGGUUCGUGGCCGUGUCUUUGACGUCACAUCCGGCCGCAACUUCUAUGGCCCGGGUGGCCCCUAUGCAAACUUCGCUGGCCGCGAUGCGUCGAGAGGCCUGGCCUGCGGUAGUUUCGAUGAGGACAUGCUGACCAAGGAUCUGGACGGACCGCUCGACACUCUGGAGAAUCUGGAUGCUGAGCAGCUGGAUGCCUUGAGGGGUUGGGAAGAGCGAUUCGAGGAAAAGUACCUUGUUGUGGGAAAGUUGGUGCCUGUAGGCCAUCCAGAAGCCGAGGACGCUAAAGCAUAAACGUGCCAACAGCGAGGUUGCGUCGGAUACACCAUGGCUCGAACGAGGAAGCAGAAAGGCCUGACAGAGCCGAGGAACAAGUGCAGGAGCUGGUAAGACUGGGACAACGAUAUCUACUACAAAUCUGUCCUGCGUUAGACAGCUGCAGACGUAGCAUCGAGACAGGAUAUCAUGUAAGUGUAAGCAUUGAAGAAACUGCUCAAGACUGCGACAUCAUUGUGAAAUGAUAACAUGGCAUGGCUACGUUCCAGUGUCCCUGGGCUGCGGGUUCAGGAUUGUCUGCUGAGACAGUCAAUUUCACAACUAGUCCAAUUUCAAGCAAACGUGCAAGACUGCAUCGUUAUGAUCUGCCCCGUUGCUAGUACGCCAUCUUAGCGUAACCGCUCCAAUGCGGGGUUAGCUCUGAUAGGCAACUAGAUCCCACUUGUUCCAACAACUGAUAGCAUUGCCGAAGC